CACUGGAAUCAUUCCGGCGAAUGUGAGACAGCUGUGUUGAUGUUUACGUGGUGACAGGUGGAUGAUACACGACUCUGUUCAGCAGGUGAGUUCAGAGUAACGUCUGCGUCACAUUUCCCUAGUCGGUGUUCGAGAAAGCUGCUCGCGAGGCCAGCCUGGGUAGGAAACCACCGUGGAGCCUCGAGUCUUUCCAGGUUGGUCCAGCAUGAGGAGCUGAAAGCUGAACUAACUCCACUGUCAGCUUUCUGCCCACAUUAAAACAACGUGGGAACAGUCCGACGUGUUUCACGUGUCUCUCGGCUCACUGUCCUGAUGUUUCCUGUUCCAGUCAUUAUGAGGCUGAUUUUCUGUUACUUUGGAGGAGCUACUCUCAGCUGCUUGUUCCUGGUUCUGCUGCAGCUGCACUGCUCUCUCAGCCAGAAGUCUGAAGGUGCCUUAACCGUGGUGGAGAACACUGAAGGAGGACGGGGUGUUGAUGAAGAGGAGGUGGUGACGGUUGAUAAUGAUGAUGAUGAUGAUGAUGGAGUUUUUGAGGUUGUUCAGCCUAAUGAACAGUGGCAAACACUGAAACCAGACCAGGCCGUCCCAGCAGGCUCCCAUGUGAGGCUGAACCUGCAAACCGGUGAGAGGGAGGUCAGGCUGGGGGAGGAACAGCUCAAGUACUGGACCCAGCAGCACAGGGAAGAGGAAAAGAGCCGGUCCUCCAUUGAUCCCGAUGAGCUGAAACGUGCCAUGAAGAAGCUCAAGGAGGACCAGAGCAGUCAGGACUCGGCGCCAUCCAGGUUCCGGCCGCUGGACGAGUUAAAGAAGGAGAUGGCUGACCUGGACCUGCUGGUAGAGACGGAUGUCCAGAUCAUGAGGCGCCUGUUGGAUCAGUUCAACAGCAGCAACUCCACUAUGGAGCAGAGGCUGAGCAUCCUGCAGGAGCUGGAGUACCUGGUGCAUCAGGUGGAUAAUGCUCAAACCCUGUGUGUGAUGGGGGGCCUGAGCUUCAUCCUGCAGGGUCUGAACAGCUCUGAUGUCCGAUUCCAGGAGAACUCUGCGCUGGUCCUGGGCUCCGCUGUGGCCAGUAACCCGGUGGUCCAGGUCCAAGCAGUGGAGGGGGGGGCUCUGCAGACCCUUUUAACAACGCUGGCCACCACUCAGCCGCUCAACGUCAAGAAGAAGGUCCUGUUUGCUCUGGCUUGCCUCCUGCGUCACUUCCCCUACGCACAGCGCCACUUCCUGUCCCACGGCGGGCUGCAGAUUCUAUCGGAGCUCUUUAGGGCAGACGCUGGAGGAAUCCUGCGAACACGAAUAGUCACCAUGCUGUACGACAUGAUCAGCGAGAAGGAGCUGAUCUCCCAGGCCGGCCUGGACCCGGUCCAGGACCCGGCCCAUGCCGAGCGGCUGCGUCAGUACUCCCAGGUGUCCCUGCAGGAGGAGCUGAUGGAGGAGGGCUGGUGCUCUCUGGUGCCACAGCUGCUCCAGUCUACUGAGCAUGACUACAGGGAGAAGGCUCUGCGGGCGCUGUUGGCCAUGACUCCUGUGUGUCUGGAUCAGUACCGCUCAGACGGUGCUCUUCUGGGUUCUCUGCUCACCCUCAGACUGCAGUACUCAGAACUGAUCCAGUCAGAAAUGAUCCUAGGAGAAGAGACCAGCUACUUCACAGAGAUGGUGGAGCUUAUAGACUCUCUGCAGGUCAAAGUGAAAUGACCAGCACUUCCUGCUGAGAGGAAAGUAAACAGUAAACAACCAGUCCUGGAGUCUAACAUCCUUAACAGGUUUUUAAACAUGAUCUGUGGAUGCAGAUCGAAGAGGAAAUGUUCCUGUCUGGGAUGCAUUCUGUAUGGCAGUGUAAAAUGGUCCAGUUCAUACAUUUUAGACCCAGCAGGAGCUCAAUCCUAUGAGUCUGCUGCUGUAAUCAGACAGAGCUCCUGUUCCAACAUGUGUCCUGGCUGAUGAGGAUCUAAACAGACCGGUCCAACCAUGACAUUAGAACCUCAGUUACCUGCUUUGUAUCCGUUGGUCCCAGGUGUUGCUGGGCCACCCAGACGUACCAGAGCAUCCAUCCAUCUUCCUCCACCAAGACCAAGAGGUUCUACCUCAAGUUUCUCUCUGGAUGGUGAUAUUGCACUCUGAAAUCUGUUUCAGAACCAAAAAAUAAUGAGGACUCGUCUGUUGGUAACUGAAGUGUCUUAUGGAAAAUAUUUAUUUUUAUUUAAAAAAAUAAAUAAAAAGUUUAAACACUAA